AAGAUGAUUACACCACAGCCACCACGGCCGAAACUGAGUUUAAUGCCCGAGUGCAUUGCGAGCCCGACUGUUUUAGGGCUCUUGUCACCCCAAACCCCAGUAAACAGCGAUGGAAUGAAGUUUAGUUCCCGCAGUUACAGUGGGGGAGGAGCGCGGGACGUGUGAGCCCUCCCGCAGGUUACAAGUGGACUUUGAAUUUAAGAGAAAUGGAUUUUUUCCUCCGAGUGAUUUUUGUCCACAUAACAUUAAUCCGUCAAUUAUAUUACCAUCCAUCCAUUACUUCUAAAUAAGUUACAAAACAAUAUGAAGUACUGAGCCUGGAUGAAUGGACUUCAGAUUUGUAAAAAUUGUGUUCUCCAAGAGGGUAUCAAACAUCAAAAUUUAAGCAAGAAAACAUCCAUAUUGAACAAAUUCGUGUAUUUUUAAACACCCACAUUCAUUUUUAUAUAGCCUACUUAUUCACCUGAAAAUCACUAACAAAAAUAAAAAGAUAAAAGUUAAGUCUUAAAAUGAGCAAGAAGAGAACACUUUUGCCCUAAACUCUUAACUGAGGAGAAUUACUGAAAUGGACUUAGGGCUGCUCUCCAAGUAGCCAAGCAAAAAAGAAAAAGCAUGGGGAGUUCUUUAAUAUUCAUUGUUUUGUGAUAGGAAGUAUACCACUUGGUCAUGAGAGGUUAUUUCUCCCUAGUUUUCAGAGGAAUUUGCCACCUGGAUCUUUAUAUAAAGGACAUCGAGCAACAUAGUGGACAGUUUCGUCAAUGGCAACUUAAAAAAAUGCAAACAUAUUGUAUACAUGGCUUUUAUACUGCUCUAUAGAAAAAUGCCAGAGGCAUAAUGUCAUCAUUCUGUCAAAGUAAUUCUAUAGUACAGGUCAGGAUCAGGGAUGUAUCCUUCUACAAACUGAUUUGACACCAAGAUUAGAGUCUGGAAAAUCCUGAGACAUAGAGGAGAGCAUUCCUCUUGAAUAACAAUUGUUUCCUAGAGGCUUUUGAGACAGAUACCUGUUAAAAUUGUUACAGAGGUUUCCUAGAUACCCAGUGAAACCUUUAUACUAAAGCCUCAUGAAAAGGCAGAAGUGUCACAAUGUAUUAUUUACAGGAUUAUGUUUUCCUGCUUCCUGGACUUGUUACCGGCAUAAUUCAUUCAGUAAAAGGUCAUUCUUUCAAAGUACUAAUCUUCAAGGCUGUGUUAGCCUGAAAAAAAGAGACUCACUUUAGCUACAGAGCAGUUGCUAGGGGUAAACAAAUUGUCCCCAUUGUCUCUAUGUGCCAUCACUCAGGCCUGGAUGGGAGCCUUUUGAAUACAAACCUAAUAGACAUAUAAAGAACAUUCUUGAGAAUGGAGGAGAAAGCAUAUAAAGAAGAAAUGUGGUGUGUAAAGGAAGGGAGCUCUUACUACAAUGAAAAUAAGUGAAUGUCCAGGCAUUCAGAGCAGGAGGAAUUAGGAAGGAAUAGUGAACAGAAAAUGAGCUGCUUUAAGGUAGAAUUAAGAAAGAUAGGUCAUGACUAAAAGAAAUUUUAGAACUAGACUUACUUCCCACUACCAGGCAAGACUACGCCCCCAAAAUACCCUUGUGUGGAAGAAUAUAACCCUGGUGUUAUGUGUUAUUUCUUCCUCUUAGCCCUGAGAGCAGUAGUUGUUAAGGAUUUGAUUUGACAGUGUCUGGAGGAAAAUUUUGGUUGUCUCACUGAGAGCAAAGUGUUACUGGCAUCUAGAGGGUAGAGGCCAGGGAUGCUGCUAAAUAUCCUACAAAAGUGCUGAGCUUGAGAAACUGCCUUAGUGACUAGUGCCCCAUUUUUUCUAGCUAGUAAGGUUUUCUGAGUUCUGCAUUAUCACAGUUACUGGGUAUGAGACCCAAGCAUUUGAUAUUUGUUCAAAUAUAGGUGACUCGAAUGCUACAUACAUGACUGAGAAAGACAGAUUUAGAGGAUAAAUGGAGACCUAUUUUUUCAUUUUAACAUAAAUAAUCAGUAAGGUAUAGAUUGAGUUGUUUCAAAGGUCUCAAAUAGUGUGCUGAGUCCCAAUAAUUUGCAAACUAGCACUAUUUUAUAUUCCACUGUGUUAUUUCAAAUUUUGAACUGCUUAAUUUUUUAACACCUGUUAAAUUAUUUUUAUAAUAGAGCAUGUUAAAUCAAUAGUUGUACUUGUUACUAAGUAAUUUACUCUUAAUAGCUAUUUGCUCUUAAAAAUCAGUUUGAUAUAAUUUGGACCAUAGUGGAUUUUGUUUUCAUGACUCCUAAUACAGUUCUUUGGGCAGAGAUUAUGCUCUUGAACUAAAGCAGUGGUCCUCACAUAGCAUCAUCAGAAUCACCUGGGAAGCUUAAUAAAAGAGACUGCUGGGCACCAGCCCCAGAGUUUCUGAUUCAGUAGGUCUGGGGAAGGACCCAAGUAUUUGCACUUCUAACAAAUUCUCAGGUGAUGUUGCUGCUGCUGCUGCUGCUGAUAUGGGGACCCACUGAACUGUGAGACUCACUAAAUUUUGAGUCUCACUGAACUACAGUGACCAAGAAGAUUGCUGAAAUUACUUGAGCUUAUGAAAGGAUCAUGUUUCCAAUUUUUUUAGUCUGUCUUUAAAAAGUAUUAUUUUAAUAUUACACCUUUGUACUUAAAGACUGUGUUUUUCACCAGAAUUACAGAGUACUUAAACUUUGAAUGACUAUGGUAAUGGGUAUUAAUACUAAACUACUAUGAGGUUAGAUAGAAUGCUGUAAUUAAACCAUGUAAAUAGCAAACAUACAUUUUAAAUUCUGAAUUAUAAUAGUCUGAUUACUGGUUAAUCAAACAAAUGGGUACUUAAAUUUUUUUUUAAUGCAGUGUACUGGUGAACAUUUUUAUCAGGCCAUGGGAUCCUGCCUUUGUUGAAAUGGAAAAGAACCUUUCUGAAUGAACUAAAAUGACGUCAUUUAACUUUACCACUUCUCCCAGUUUUUCUUAGGCAUAUUUCUUGAGUCCUAGCUUGGUAAUGUUUCUAACGUAAUUUCAAAUAUCAAACCUUACUCUGUUCCACACCCAGUAGGUGAUUGAAAACUAUGGCAUUGUUGCCGUCUUCUAUACAGUAGUCAAAGUAGAAUUAUUGACAGAUUACCUGCUCUCCUAGGUGACAGAAUAUAGCAAGAGAAAAUGAACCCAGAAAAUAAAGAGAAGGGUAAUGAGAUGCAGUCAGCAAUGAUUUCUGCAGCUUGGCUUACACCCCGUUCAGAGGGCAGAGGAAAAGGCAAUGAGCUUCUUAUAAUCUCUUCUUUCUAAUGAGAUCCGUGGAGCACCUUUAUUAUUGUUUCAGCCAGAGGAGAAGACUGAUGUGGAAGGAACCUUAUUUGUUUACACAAGGUCUGCUUCUCCAAAGCAUGGGUUCACCAUUAUGAAUAGGCUGAGCAUGGAAAAUAGGACGGAACCCAUUACUAAAGACCUGGAUUUCCAGCUCCAGGACCCUUUCCUUCUCUACAGAAAUGCCAGAUUGUCUAUUUAUGGAAUUUGGUUUUAUGAUAAAGAAGAAUGCCAAAGAAUUGCAGAGCUUAUGAAAAACCUAACUCAGUAUGAACAGUUGAAAGCCCAUCAAGGAGCUGGAGCAGGAAUCUCCCCAAUGAUCCUCAGUUCAGGAGAGGGGAAGGAAGUAGAUAUCUUACAAAUGCUCACCAAGGCCAAAGAUGAAUAUACAAAGUGUAAAACCUGUUCUGAGCCAAAACAGAUAACCAGUUCAUCUGCCAUUUACGACAACCCCAAUCUCAUCAAACCAAUUCCAGUGAAGCCCAGUGAAAACCAGCAGCAGUGCAUACCUCGACCCAGUCAGACCUUAGACCCUGAACCCCAACACUUGUCCUUGACAGCGCUCUUUGGAAAGCAGGACAAAGCUACAUGUCAGGAAACUGUGGGGCCUCCGCAGACCUUCCACCAUCACCAGCAGCAGCAAGAGAAGCUUCCGAUUCGGCAGGGGGUUGUACGUUCCCUGUCCUAUGAGGAACCCAAAAGACACUCACCCCCCGUUGAGAAGCAGCUAUGUCCAGCCAUUCAGAAACUCCUGGUAAGGAGUACAGACCUCCACCCAUUGUCAGAGCUGCCUGAAAACCGGCCCUGCAAAAAUGGCAGUGGCCAUUCUGCUGGGGAAGAUUUUACGGGACCUGUCCACCUGGGGUCUCCCCAGAGCGCUGGGACUUCUCAUCAUGUACACAGUGCUUCCAGACCUCAGAACCUGUUAGAGAAGCUCCAGAGCGCCCCGGGAGCAAUGAACAAGUAUGACCCUAGUACACCAGCACCUGCCAGCUCAGCGGCCCCAAGCAUCACAACCCUCACUGCUGCCACCCCUGCAGCUCCAGGACGGGUGGCUCAGCCACAGCUUGUACAUUUCAAUGGCUCCCUUCCACCUCAGGCACUAGGAUGUCAGGCUCAUGAAAAAGAACAGCCCACAUGCCCAAGACAAAUGCCCCCCCCCUCUGGCAAUCAGACUAGUGGUUCUGGAGUGAUCUCCCCUCAAGAGCUACUGCAAAAGCUUCAGCUUGUGCAGCAGGAACAGCAGCUGCAUGCGUCUAACCGGCCAGCCUUGGCAGCUAAGUUUCCUGUGCUAACUCAGAGCUCUGGAGCAGGGAAACCCUUGGAAUCCUGGAUUGACAAGACAUCCAACACAGAAAAGCAGACUCCUCUUUUCCAGGUCAUCUCACCUCAGCGCAUCCCUGCUACAGUUGCUCCUUCUCUGCUCAUGUCCCCCAUGGUGUUCACACAGCCCACCUGUAGCCCACCAAAGGAGAGUGGGCUCUUGCCCCUGGGAAGCCAAGAACCAGCUGCCGCCUCCACCAGCCUCCUCCUGCCUCUGCAGAGCCCGGAGCCCUCCAUACUCAGCAGCAGCCCACUUACCAAGAGGCAGCUUCAGGAAGCACUGCUGUUCCUCAUUCAGAAUGACGACAACUUCUUAAAUAUAAUCUACGAAGCUUAUCUCUUCAACAUGACACAAGCAGCCAUGAAAAAAACUAUGUGAAAGCAAACAUUUUAAAACUGAUUUUCAAGGUCCUCCAGCUCAAGGUUUUUCUGUUAAGUGUUGUUACCCUAAGUGUUUCUGCCUUUUUUUAAAAAGUAUGUGUAAUAUGAAGUAAAAUGUUUCAGACUUUU